AUAAAAAAAAUGGAUAAUGUUGAUACAGUUAUAAUGAAACCUCCUAAAGUUAAAAAUAAGGGAGCAAAUCCAAUAUAAAUUACAGCUGAAUAAUUAUUAUAAAGAGCUUUCUUGGAUCGAAAAAAGCCAUUUGUUUAAUAAGAUUAUAAAAUAAGAGAUGAAGAUGAUUUAGAUUAAAUAAAAUAAUAAAAAAGACGAGAUUUUGAAUAAAAAAUACGCACAUAAAGAUUCCAUAUAGGACAUUGGUUAAAAUAUGCUUUAUUUGAAGAAAGCCUUUAAGAAUUUAGAAGAGCUCGAAGUGUAUAUGAAAGAACUUUAGAAGUUGACUAUAAAAAUAUAUCUAUAUGGCUAAAAUAUAUAGAAAUGGAAAUGAGACAUAAAUUUAUUAAUCAUGCCAGGAAUUUAUUUGAAAGAGCUAUAGAAUUUUUACCAAGAGUUGAUUAAUUUUGGUAUAAAUAUGCUUAUAUGGAAGAACUUGUUGGUAAUUAUAUAUAGGCAAGAAACAUAUAUUAAAGAUGGAUGAAUUGGAGACCAGAAGAAAAAGCAUGGCUUUCAUUUGUAGCUUUUGAAUAGAGAGUAGGUGAAAUAUAAAAUGCUAGAUAAGUUAUGUAUAAUUAUAUGGAUGCUUUUCCAAGAUUAAAAACAUAUUUAAAAGUAGCGAAAUUCGAAGUAAAAUUAGGGUUUAAAAAAGAGGCUAGGAAAUUAUUGGAAAAUACAAUAGAAGAAUUGGGAGAAGAAAGCUUAAAAGAAGAAUAUUUUAUUACUUUUGGGAAAUUCGAGAUAAGGGAGAAAGAAUUUGAUAGAGCAAGGGAAAUAUUUAAAUUUGGUUUAGAGAAUAUUACAAAGGAGAAAUCUAAGAAGUUAUAUGAAGAAUAUUUACAAUUCGAGAAAUAAUUCGGUUCUAAAGAUGAAAUCGAUAACUUAAUAUUUAAUGAAAGAAGACUUUAAUAUAAAAAAUUAAUUUCUUAAAAUUAAAACAAUUACGAUGCCUGGUUCGAUCUGGUUAAUUUAGAAAUAGAAACUAAAAAUAUAAACCGGAUAAGGGAUACUUUUGAAAAUGCCAUAAAAAAUGUUCCCAAAAAUAAUAAUGAAAAAAGACUGUGGAGAAGAUAUAUUUAUUUAUGGUAUUCCUAUGCCACCUUCGAAGAACUAGAAUAGGGAGAUAUUUUAAGGGCAAAUCAGAUAUACGAGAGGGCUUUAAAAUUAGUUCCUCAUAAAAAUUUUACAUUUUCAAAAUUAUGGGUUAUGUAUGCUUAGUUUUAAUUAAGGUGCUAGGAUUUAGAUAAGGCCAGGAAGAUUUUCGGUAUUGCCUUAGGGAAAUGUCCUAAUGAUAAGAUCUUUCAGGAAUAUAUCGAUUUAGAGUAUAAGUUAACUAAUUUAGUUAGGGUAAGGUAAAUUUAUGAAAAAUAUAUUGAGGUUUUUCCAGAUAAUCCUUUACCGUUUGUCUAAUGGGCCAAAUUGGAAAAAAGUCUGGAUGAAUUGGAUAGAUAUAGAGCUAUUUUCGAAAUUGCAAUAGCUCAUUAAAGUAUGAAUAUGCCAGAGACGGUAUGGAAAUCAUAUAUUGAAAGUGAAAUUGAAUUAAAAGAAUAUGAAAAUGUAAGAAGAUUAUAUGAAAAGCUAUUAGGAAAGUCGAAAAAUGUGAAAAUAUGGAUUAGUUAUGCCUAGUUUGAGGCUUCUAUUUAGGAAAAAGGAAAAUGUAGAGAAGUUUUUAAAAGGGCAGAAGAAUAUUUUAAAGGAGAAAAAGAAAUGAAAGAGUAAAGAGCUAUGGUUAUAGAAUAAUGGAAAGAAUAAGAAAUUAAAUUUGGAGAUUAAGAAUUUAUUUAAUAAUUAUAAGAAAAAAUGCCAAAAAGAGUAAAGAAAUAAAGAAAAAUUAAAAUUGUGGAAGGAGAUUUAGAAGAAGAUGCAGGUUAUGAAGAAUAUUAUGAUUAUAUUUUCCCAGGUGAAGAGGAGGAUUCCAAAUAUUUAAAAAUUUUAUGGAAAGCUUAAUAAAGGAAAAAAAUAUAAGAAUAAAAAUAAAAAGAAGUUUAAGAAUAAUAAAAAGAAAUUAUAAAUUGAAAAAAAUAAUUAAAUAUAUUUAAAUGCAAAAAAAAAAUUAUGUUGAAUUAUAUUAAAUAGAUAUUCAAAUUCUUACAAAAAU